CUGCCCGCCGACGCCGCCCGCCCGCUGCGUGACGUCACCUGCCUCGGGGUGCCCUUCUCGCGUCUGCCACGUCUUCCGAGCGGCAGCGUGGUGGAGCACAUGGACGUCGUCAACUCGGGCCUCGAGGCGGUCGAGGCCGACUCUCUGGAGGUGCACAUCGAAUCCCUGCGCCUCAUGAGCAACCGCAUCCAGUACGUCGCACCGAGGGCCUUCGCGUGGAUGAAGGACACACUCAGAUCUCUGGACCUGAGCUACAAUCAGCUGGACGAGGUGCCUUUUGAGGCUCUGCAACUGCUGAGCGGGCUUGACUGGCUCAAUCUUCACAGCAAUCAGAUCGCGUCGCUAGACGGGCCCGGAUCGGACUGGGUACGCGUCUGCGAAAACCUCACCAACUUGUUCCUCGGCGAGAACGAACUCGCCGAACUGCCGGUGAAGUACGCGGCUAACGGGAUCAACGGGAACGGCAUCAACGGCGGCGGCGCGGUCUCCUCGCUGCGCGACUGCAGCAAGCUGACGUGGCUGAACGUGGACUCGAACCGGCUGCGCUCGCUGGAGGCGGGCGCGCUGCCGCCGUCGCUGCAGACGCUGAGCGCGUCGCACAACCUGCUGUCGGCGUUCCCCGCGGCCGCCGUCGACUCGCUGCCCGCGCUCUCGUGGCUCUACCUGCGCGACAACUACAUCGCCGACCUGCCAGCCGUGGCGCUGCGGCCGCGCCGCCACCGCCUCGAGCAGCUUGACCUCGGCGACAACGGCAUACACGCCAUCCCGGAGACGCUGUUCAACGGGUCGUUACAAGUCCGAGACCUGCAUCUGGACUACAACUACCUCACGGGGCUUCCAGCUCAGGUGUUCCGCGGCACGAACGCCGUCCGCAUCUACCUGUCCAUGAACCGGCUGCGCAGCCGCAGCGUGGACCCGCGCGCCUUCGUGGGCGUGGGCCACACGCUGGAGGCGCUCGACCUGGAGCACAACCAGCUGGACGAGGUGCCCCGGGCGCUGUCGCAGCUCAAGCGCCUCAAGUACCUCUACCUGCCGUCCAACAACGUGUCCGACGUGGCCGACGACGCGUUCGACUCCUUCUGCAGCACGCUGCGGGUGCUGUCGCUGGAGGACAACCAGCUGACGCGGAUCCCGAGCUCGGCGCUGCAGAACUGCCUGCACCUGCUGCACCUCAACGUCGGCUACAACCGCAUCGACGAGGUGCGCCCCAGCGACCUGGAGGGCUGGGCGGGCUCCCUGGACACCCUGCUGCUACGCAACAACCGGAUCGCCAGCCUGUCCGAGUUCACGUUCGUGCACGCGCCGCACCUGCGGGAGCUCAGCCUGUCCUUCAACAAGCUGGGCCACGUCCACCCCGACGCGCUCACCGACCUCGCCGACAGCCUUGAGAGUCUGGAGAUGAGUUUCGGGCUAGACAGGGAGGACUUUCCAGCGGAUUUCUUGAAACCGCUCAAGGCGCUUUCUUGGCUCGCGUUGGACAAUAACGAACUGAGAACUGUGCAGGAGACUGACCUCUACACGCUAACCAAGUUGCAGUACCUAAACCUAGAGUCUAAUCGUCUAACAUAUAUACCUCCUGGAUUUUUUCAUCAGAAGGUGCACGCAAACCUACGCGACGUGCGCCUGUCGCACAACCAGCUGGAGGUGCUGGAGACGGACACGUUCUGGGGACUGCCGCAGCUGCAGACCCUGGUGCUGACGGGGAACCAGCUACGCGGCCUGGCCCAGGGAGCACUGCGCGCGCUGCCCUCGCUCGUCACGCUACUGCUCGCCGACAACCGGCUGGCAACCCUCGCUCCAGGGGCACUCUCCAGGCUGCCAGUGCUCUCCAGGCUCGACCUCCAGAACAACCGGCUGCACGAACUCUCGCUGGCCGCCUUCCUCAACGUCACCACGCCCGACACGCCCAUGGCACUCAAUCUCUCCUACAAUGCCAUCACCGUACUUCACCCCGCCUAUUCGGAAAUACACGUCCGCAUCCUCGACCUGUCACACAAUUUGCUUCCAGAGGUGCCAGUGAACUUCCUGCAGCGGAUGUCGAGCUCGCUGCGCCGCCUGUACCUGGGCUACAACCUGCUGUCGGGCCUGGAGGCGCGCGCGCUGGGCCCGCUGCAGCACCUGGAGGAGCUGUCGCUGCCGCACAACAGGAUCCUGUCGCUGGCCGCGCAGGCGUUCACCGGCUCCGGGGACUCGCUGCAGCUGCUGGACCUGUCGCACAACCACGUGGAGACGCUGCAGCUGCGCCAGUUCCACGGGCUGCCGCGCCUGCGCGUGCUCGACCUGUCGCACAACCACAUCCGGUCGGUGCCGCGCGACGCCUUCCGCGGCACUCAGCUGGAGCGGCUGGAUCUGUCGCACAACCAGCUGGUCGUGAUGCCCAGCGGCGCGCUGGCCGAGGUGGGCGCCACGCUGCGACGCCUGCGCCUGUCGCACAACCAGCUGGAGCACCUGGACAGCAGCAUGUUCCCCGAGACAGCGCACCUGGUCGCCCUCUUCCUGGGCCACAACAGGCUCACCAUCCUGCCGGACAACGUCUUCUCUGGCAUCGAUGGGCUGCUCGAUCUGAACCUCGCCAACAACUCACUGCGAGCCAAUUUCAAGGAGCUCUUCCACUACGUCCAGCGGCUGCGUACGCUCAGCCUUGCCCACACUGGGCUGGAGGAGCUACCUUCUCUGCCACUGCCGCACCUCAUGCGCCUAAAUCUGAGUGAGAAUUCCAUUGGAAAAGAUGAAAGGGACGCUCACCUCGAUGCAGCUUCGGCGAGAGACCUCACCCGCCUCCGGCAACUCUCGCUCUCUGGGAAUCGCUUGUCUUCUGUUCCAUCAAGGAUAUGGCCGAUGAUGCCUCUUGUGAAGAACAUAGACCUCACCAGAAACCCUAUAAAGGUAGUUACGCGAGAGAGCUUCUCGCACCUGACACGCCUCACGACACUCAACGUGGAGGACCUGCCGUACAUGGAGCGCUUCGACGCAGACUCGCUGACGGGCCUGCCGCUGCUGACCAAGCUGCGCAUCCAGACGUGGCCCAAGAUCGAGAAGUACCGCUUCCGCGUGGGCAGCGCGCUGUCGUCCGUGUGGUCGCUGCGCGAGCUGUCGGUUCGAGUGCUCGACCCGGUGCUGAGCGACCAGCUGCUGGGCGCCUUCAGCAACGCCAAGCUGCGCCGCCUCGAGCUCAGCGGCUGCGGCCUGGUCGCCAUCACGGCCGACGCGCUCGAGGGCCUGGCAGACAGCUCGCACGAGCUGCAGCUGCGCGUGCGGGACACCAGUCUGCAGGAGCUGCCGCCGGGGCUCGUCGCGGGGCUGGCCGCGCACGUGCCACACCUGGCGCUCGACCUGCGCGACAACCGCUUCCGCUCGCUGUCGCCCUCCGACCUCUACCCCAACGGCUCCAGCUGGGAGAGCGUUGGCACCAGGCCUUUCGCCGGUGGCCUGCUGCUGUCGGGGAACCAGCUGACGUGCGACUGUGGCCUGGUGUGGCUGGGCCACUGGCUACGGCGGUGGCUGCGCGAGUCGCUGCAGAUCCACACCGUGGUGGUGGAGGGCGCGCAGGAGAUGGUGGCGGCGGCGCGACGCGCCACCUGCCGGGACGCGCGCUCCUCGCGCGAGGUGGCGCUGCUGCAGCUGCGCGCGCCAGACCUCUCCGUAGCCUGCAACCCCAGCGCGCUGAGCCAGGGCGGCGCCGCCCCGCGCGCCGGACGCCUCGGCCCGCUGCUGCGCGCCGCCUGCCUGCUGCUCGCCACGCGCUGGGUCGCCGGCGUCUAGCGCAGCCGAGUCUCUACACGUACUCAACGUCACCGCUACUUGUUAAUGACUGCACGAAAGGGAGUCAUGGCUGAGAAUCAUUCCUUACCAAUUGGGCAGGCCAGUUCCUCACACGACGUAGAAAACAAUGACGUUGAUCUACGAAUUCAAGAGUUCCUGCUGGCAUAAGCAACAGACACUUGUUCGGGCACCUAGCCAGGUUACGAUUUCAUUUACGACUGCUUCUCAAGAUUUCUUCGCAAUCUGCUACGGUCAAUAAUAUCGGUUGUGCUCUUUCUAUAGGUUCCAAACGUAUGUCCAGUGUUCAUCGCAGUCAUCUGCACUGUUGUUUUCAUACGUGAUUUUUUACAGCACUGGGAUCUGGAAUUUUGUUUAGAUUAUACAGGGUGUUACAAAAAGGUACGGCCAAACUUUCAAGAAACAUUUCUCACACACAAAGAAAGAAAAUAUGUUAUGUGGACAUGUGUCCGGAAACGCUUACUUUCCAUGUUAGAGCUCAUUUUAUUACUUCUCUUCAAAUCACAUUAAUCAUGGAAUGGAAACACACAGCAACAUAACAUACCAGGUGACUUCAAACACUUUGUUGCAGGAAAUGUUCGAAAUGUCCUCCGUUAGCGAGCAUACAUUCAUCCACCCUCCGUCGCAUGGAAUCCCUGAUGCGCUGAUGCAGCCCUCGAGAAUGGCUUAUUGUAUCACAGCCGCCGACAAUACGAGCACGAAGCGUCUCUACAUUUGGUACCGGGGUUGCGUAGACAAGAGCAUUCAAAUGCCCCCGUAAAUGAAAGUCAAGAGGGUUGAGGUCAGGAGAGCGUGGAGGCCAAAGAAUUGGUCCGCCUCUACCAAUCCAUCGGUCACCGAAUCUGUUGUUGAGAAGCGUACGAACACUUCGACUGAAAUGUGCAGGAGCUCCAUCAUGCAUGAACCAUAUGUUGUGUCGUACUUGUAAAGACACAUGUUCUAGCAGCAGAGGUAGAGUAUCCCGUACGAAAUCAUGAACGUGCUCUAUUGAGCGGAGGUGGAAGAACAUGGGGCCCAAUCGAGACAUCACCAACAAUGCCUGCCCAAACGUUCACAGAAAAUCUGUGUUGAUGACGUGAUAGCACAAUUGCGUGCGGAUUCUCGUCAGCCCACACAUGUUGAUUGUGAAAAUUUACAAUUUGAUCACGUUGGAAUGAAGCCUUAUCCGUAAAGAGAACAUUUGCACUGAAAUGAGGAUUGACACAUUGUUGGAUGAACCAUUCGCAGAAGUGUACCGGUGGAGGCCAUCAGCUCCUGAUAGUGCCUGCACACGCUGUACAUGGCACGGAAACAACUGGUUCUCCCGUAGCACUCUCCAUACAGUGACGUGGUCAACGUUACCUUGUACAGUAGCAGCUUCUCUGACGCUGACAUUAGGGUUAUUGUCAACUGCACAAAGAAUUGCUUCGUCCAUUGCAGGUGUCCUCGUCGUUCUAGGUUUUCCCCAGUCGCGAGUCAUAGGCUGGAAUGUUUCGUGCUCCCUAAGACGCCGAUCAAUUGCUUCGAACGUCUUCCUGUCGGGAUACCUUGGUUCUGGAAAUCUGUCUCGAUACAAACGUACCGCGCCACGGCUAUUGCCCCGUGCUAAUCCAUACAUCAAAUGGGCAUCUGUCAACUCCGCAUUUGGAAACAUUGCACUGACUGCAAAACCACGUUCGUGAUGAACACUAACCUGUUGAUGCCACGUACUGAUGUGCUUGAUGCUAGUACUGUAGGACAAUGAGUCACAUGUCAACACAAGCACCGAAGUCAACAUUACCUUCCUUCAACUGGGCCAACUGGCGGUGAAUCGAGGAAAUACAGUACAUACUGACGAAACUAAAAUGAGCUCUAACAUGGAAAUUAAGCGUUUUCGGACACAUGUCCACAUAACAUAUUUUCUUUAUUUGUGUGUGAGAAAUGUUUCCUGAAAGUUUGGCCGUACCUUUUUGUAACACCCUGUAUAUUCUAAUAAGAAUAUCUUAACUGAUCAGAUGUGAAUAUUUCUUCAAGCUAUCCCAUAUGUUAUGAGUUCAUCUUCUCGUCAGCAGUGACAUCCUGAUUUUCAUACGUCUCACGCAAUGUGUCGUUUGAAUUGCAGUAUAAUGAAAGCAUUCGCCUCUGAACGCAGCAUAACCUACAGAAAAACAGUCUGCGUCUGGGACCACCAUAUACUUAUUCAUAAUACGGGUUAUGACGUUUGUUAUAGCUUAUCUUCAGAUAUUUAUCUAAUAAAAGAAAGAAGAUAGAUCUGAAGUUGACCUAUAACAGUCGUCGACACCGACAAUCCGAACGAAUUUAAAAAAUUUACCCAAAUGUAAUGUAUCAAUGUUCAUUACUUUAAAAGCGUUGACUGUGCCUCAGAAGUCGUGAAUGGCAUUUCGUCAAAAGAAAACUGGUCUUUAUUUCCGAUCGUUUGUACCAGUGAACACCAGAAAGUACAUAAAUGUGAGUGGUAAAAAUAACAGGGUCUUUACAGCAAGAGCUCAGUGCUUUUUGUAACUAUAAGCGGAUCUAAAUAUAUAAGUGUCGCAGAUUGAACUGUGUGUCGGGAGUGUACUAUGCACGUGAGAAAGAUGUAUAAACAGUAUUUUCAGUUAUUGCGAAGAGGUAAAAUCUGCUGUAUGGGUACUGUUUCAAAGGCGCAGCCCAAAAUAGACAUUAACAGCUGGAGCGAAGAUUAGUGCAUGUGAAAGACGCGUAAGAAGAAAGAUUCCACCAUUAAGGAAUGUCAAGCAUAUUUUUUAAUUACAGCAUCAGUUUUACUACUCAGAGCAAGCUCUGAAAGAACUUCCUAGAAGUCAUAACUAUUUUUGUGACUGAACCGUGCCAUCUAGGAGCAGUAAUUUUUGUUUUCCCUUUUUUUGUUGCAGCUCUGACAGGAAACAGGAAUGAGUACAUUAACGAUUUGUAUAGGACAAAAGAGUCUCAUGAAACUGCACGUAUGCUGGACCUUCGUUUCUAUGACCGAAGAACCACAUGAGAGACGCGGUCCAGCAUACAGUUUAAAUUUGUGAGGACUUUUCUGGCUAGGACACAAUCGUGCGUCAGUAGUGAAUAAAGCUGUAGCUAUGGAGGAAAGGAAACAUAUCUUAGGAAUGAUUUCGCAGAAUUAACUGAACAACUCAAGGGAUGUUUUCGAUAGCUAGCUGAAGCAAUAGUUAUUAUUUCAAGCAAAAACCCAAAAUGGUGCACCAAUUGACAAAAAGCUGUCGAGCUUUUAUCCAUGGAUGCCUGAAAAAACUUUUGCAGUUUACUGACGAAGAGAAGGAAAGCAUUUAUAAUGUUACCAAAGAAAGCUUUUACGUAGUGGAAAUUAGAGAAAUCAUCCUGUCCUAGUUUGUGUAACAGGUGGCGCUUGCCUGGGAACAAAUGAAUGAAUGUACAUCAGGGUCACAAAUUAACCACAUUUCCUUUUAUAUUACAGACUUCUUAGGCUGGAUACCUGAGAUACAAUAAAUGACGACAGAUGAAAUACUAACCAGUCACAGUGAAUUCCAUAUGCCCAUGAGAAACAAAGAACGCAUAUUUAGCUAAUGUUAUUGUAUUUAAUAAAAGUUCCUUCGUGGGAACUAGUAUGAUGUUGUCCAUAUUUGCUAUUUUGUUAUCACAAAUGGUUGAA